GGUUCGUCACGGGCCUUCACCGUCAGCAAUGAUUCUUCGCAGAAUCUGUUGGCAAGUGUAGGAGGCUUACCAGCAACGACCGAAAAAGGAGGGAGCUCGCAGUCUGGGGUAUUGCACACACCCAGGAUGAUCUCUGCCUCCGACGCCUUCUCGCAGACGAUGAUCACAUUGUUUGAAUGGAAAAAACUAUCUUCAAUGGUCCAGAAACAUCCUAAUGUUCAUACGAGGACGCAACAAGGAGCAUUAUCUAACAUGGGACCCAAAGCCACCAAAACCUGAGGACUCGAGGUAUGCUACGUGGUGUGCAGAAGAUAAUAUGGUCAUGACCUGGUUGAUCCACUCUAUGAAUACCGAGAUCAGUGAGAACUAUCUCCUGGCCAACUUUGCUCGGGAAAUAUGGGAGUUAGCCAAACGUACCUUUUCUGCCAAAGACAAUACCGCAGCACUCCUCCAGGUGAAACGGAUGCUACGGUCUCUUACGCAGGGGGAGAAAAUGGUGACCCAAUACUUCAGUGCGCUAAUAAAGCUGUGGCAACAGCUUGACCUAUAUGAGAUCUAUCAUUGGGUCUGCCAAUCUGACGGGCUGAAUUUCAGGAAAAUAGUGGAGAAAGAACGGUGCUUUGAUUUCCUUCUUGGCCUUAAUGUCACAUUUGAAGAUGUCAGGGGCUGUAUAAUGGGCAUGCAACCACUCCCUUCUCUUGAAGAUGUCUUCAACAUGGUCAGGUAUGAGGAAAGCCGUAAGGAGCUUAUUUAUAUUACCUUCGGUUCUAAUGCUACUCCUUUCCUUCCUUCCUUUUCUCCCACACUAGCGAAUGAAGGAUCUGUUAUGAUUACCCGAGGUAACCAAGACGGAGAUCCAAAAGGGAAGAAGUCAAACUUGAGAUGUAAUCAUUGUAACAAGAAUGGGCACACUAGAGAUACUUGCUGGAAAAUGCACAGGAAACCAGCACACUUGAAGCAACGAACCAUAGGGGAUGGUAAAGGACUGCUCACAACAAAUUCAGAUAGUGGGUCUCAAACUAUGGAUGAACUUACGGUGCUUAGACAGAUUCUGGACAAAUAUUCUGGUGAGAAAAACAGUGAAAAACCUACUCCUUCUGUGACCUUAGCCCAUUCAGGACCUAACUUUGGGGAGGAUGAUUGGCAAAGCUAAGGAACAUAAUGGGCUAUACUAUCUUGAAGGAACCACUACAAUCAAGAGAUUUGUGGCUGCACCUAUUUUUAAGUCUCCUAGUUUAUCUUCUAUGUCAUAAGAAGAUUUUAUGCUAUGGCACUUUAGACUUGGACAUCUUAGUUUUGAUUACAUGAAGCAUUUGUUUCCAAAAUCUAUGAAUAAAAUAAAUUCUCAGUUUUA